UUGUUUGUUAAUAAUUUUCAGGUGAGACACAAUACUAGUUCAACACCCGUAUCCAAGAUGUGGAAGGCAGUGGUUACUGCAGCGGUUGCCUUCGUGCUGCUGUUCUGUCGGAGCAGCACACUUGAUAACGGGCUGGCUCGGACCCCUCCCAUGGGCUGGCUGGCCUGGGAGAGGUUCAGGUGCAAUGUGGACUGUGUGGAUGACCCAUACAACUGUAUCAGUGAGGAACUCUUCAUGCAGAUGGCAGACCGUCUUGCGGAGGAUGGGUGGAAGGAGCUGGGGUAUAAUUACCUCAACAUAGACGACUGCUGGAUGUCCAUGGACAGGGACGAACAGGGCAACCUGUAUGCCAACAAGACAAGGUUCCCUAAUGGCAUCAAGAAGCUUGCUGACUACGUACAUUCUAAAGGCUUGAAGCUAGGUAUCUACCUGGAUUUCGGUACCCACACCUGUGGAGGAUAUCCCGGAUCCAUCAAGUACCUGCAGAAAGAUGCGGAGACCAUCGCUGGCUGGGGCAUCGACAUGCUCAAGAUGGACGGUUGCUAUGCCAACGUGUCGGACAUGUCUUGGGGUUAUCCAGAUAUGGAGAUGUACAUGAACAAGACAGGACGUCCCAUCCUCUUCUCCUGUAGCUGGCCUGCAUAUGCUGGGGGCAUCAAGGUGGACUACUCUGUCCUGGCAAAACACUGCAAUGCAUGGCGCAACUACGACGACAUCCAAGACUCGUGGGAUAGCGUCACCCACAUUAUUGACUGGUUCGGAGACAACCAGGACGUUCUUGCCCCAGUUGCUGGCCCCGGUCACUGGAACGACCCAGACAUGCUGAUAGUUGGAGACUACAGUUUGAGUUAUGAGGAGUCCAAAGCCCAGAUGGCCAUGUGGGCAAUCCUGGCCGCCCCCCUCUUCAUGUCCAACGAUCUGCGGUCCAUCUCCCCCGAGGCCAGGUCCAUCCUCAUGAACAAGGAGGUCAUCAGGAUCAGCCAGGACUCACUGGGCAUGCAGGGACGAAGGGUCAUCAAGGAGCACGGCUUAGAAGUGUGGACGAGAGUCAUAGAAAACAAGGAUUUCCCCUCGUACGCUGUCGUUUUCCUGAACAGGAGGGACGACGGAAUGCCGUACAAAUAUUCACUCACUCUAGACAAGAUCGGGUUCGAUUAUGACAUGGAUUAUGAACUGUCGGAAGUGUUUACAGGGCAACACUACGGUCAUUAUGAUUUACGACGGGUCUUGACUCUGCAUAUCAAUCCGUCUGGGGUUGUCAUGAUAUAUGCCGUGCCUAUGUCAUAAUGUGUUUGAAUGAACUUCAUUUCUAAGAAGGUCACACACCAGAGGGCCCCAAACUGACCUUGGCCUUUGUCUUCUCAACCCCUACCUACAUACCAAAUAUUAUCACAAUCCAUCCUGAGGUUCUAAAGUUAUGCUGACCACAAAUAUUCAGAAACACACUCACAUGCAUGCACACACACACACACACACACACACACACACACACACACACACACACACAUUGGCAGAUGGACAGACACAGACAGACACCUGAUUAAUUGAUGCUAUGCAAAUGUAUUACCUCAGAAUUUUAGACCAGACUCAAAAAGUCAGAAGAAAUCAGGAUCCUGAGAGAGUUUAUACAUGAAGUAGUAUUCAUGCUAUAGAUUUUACUUCACGUUAGACAUCUUAUUUUUGGUGGCUGGACAUCAAAGAAAGCUUCAGAGGGGUGUUAUUCAUUCUGUCUGUUAUGAUAAACACAAACCAGUUAUUCUGACACUUUUAAGUAAAAGUAAAGCAUAGACAUUGCAAUGAUCUGUACAUGUAGACGCUUUGUGAUUUCUCAAAUCUAUACUUCUUGAAUUAUAUCAUCUGAUAUUACCAUGUUUAAUUUCUGCCUUUGCUUGCAUGAUUACUAUUGCUUUACAUGCUUUUGUAAUGAAAUUACACAAUAUUUGAAUUAGCUGAUAUUUGAUCAGAAUGAUGCUCUUUGCAAUUCUAUUUUGCACACAUAGGAUUGUAGACUCUGAGGAAUUUGUAAUCUAUUAUGUGAUAUGCAGAUGAUUUUAUAUCAUGAUCACUUAAUAUAUAUAUUUGGCUUUGGAAGUUGAAAUGGAUUUAAUGUAGUUUUUAUGGGAAUCAGCAUUAAAGAUAUAUCGUUGAAGUGACC